AUGGCUCACCUGAAGCAGACUUUUUCAUCUCUUUUCAACUGCUUUAGGGAAACACCAUCUCUCUUUUUGGGACUGCUGAGGUGGGACAGCUGCCUAGACACCGAUGAAGAGCAUGUGAAUUUUGCUAGAAGAGAUGAACUGAACAGAGCUCACAGUGAGAACAGAGAGGAACCAGAUGGACCCCUGAAAUUUGAGCUUAAUGUUUGUCACCAGGAUCCAGAAUACAAGUCCCCAGCUCCCUUGCCACAUGCUCAGGUCAAACUGAUCACCAGCUGGGAAGCAGGAUGGAAUGUAACAAAUGCCAUUCAGGGAAUAUUUGUCCUAGGAUUGCCGUAUGCUCUCCUCCACAGUGGAUACAGUGGUCUACUUCUCAUUGUCUUGGCUGCAGCAUUAUGCUGUUACACAGGCAAAAUUCUAAUUGCUUGCUUGUAUGAAGAAAAUGAAGAUGGGCAACUGAUACGAGUGAGAGACACGUACGAAGAUAUUGCAAAUGCCUGCUGCAAAAAGUUGUCUCCCAGUCUAGGUGGCAUAGUUGUCAAUGUGACCCAAGUGGUGGAACUGCUCAUGACAUGUGUUUUGUAUCUGGUUGUUAGUGGGAACUUGCUGUCUCAUAGUUUUCCAUAUGUACCAGUGACUGAGAAAACUUGGUCUGUAAUUGCAUUUGUUACUCUCUUGCCUUGUGUAUUUAUCAGAACUCUCAAAAUUGUUUCCAAACUCAGCCAGCUUUGCUCUUUGGUUCAUUUUGUUAUCAUCCUUGUAGUGAUAACUUACUGUCUCACACAAAUACAUCAGUGGUCCUGGGCAAAAUUCAGACUCUCCCUUGAGUUUGAGGACUUCUUGGUCUCUGUAGGGGUGAUCAUCUUCAGUUACACUUCACAAAUAUUUCUUCCCACACUUGAAGGUAACAUGAAAAACCCAGGGGAAUUUAGAUGUAUGCUAAAUUGGACUCACUUUUUUGCCUGUAUCUUGAAAACAACCUUUGCACUGACUGCUUUCUUGACCUGGGGUGAAAAGACAAAGGAAGUUAUUACUGACAACCUGCCAUCAUUUUUUGAAACCCUAGUGAAUUUAUGUCUCUUAACCAAGGCUUUUCUUUCUUACCCUUUGCCCUUUUUUGCAGCCACAGAAAUUGUGUGUUCUUGUAUUUCCAAAGGUAACCAUUCCAAUUACAAAUCUCCACUACUUGCUCUGGCUGUAAGAGGCUCAUUUCUCUUGUUAACUCUGUUGAUGUCCAUGUUCACACCACAUUUUGCCCUGUUGAUGGGUUUGUCAGGCAGUGUAACCGGUGCUGCUAUGACUUUUCUUCUUCCUUCUCUCUUCCAUUUAAAACUUAAAUGGAAAAAACUGUCCUUCUUAGAGAAAUGUGCAGAUAUCUCUGUUUUUAUUUUGGGCUUCCUUUGUAGCCUUGCAGGCAUAGUUUGCUCAAUAAAAGGGCUGCUUGAAGUAUUUGGAGGAGUGUAAAAUAUUUCCUGAAUGACAAAUAAGGAUCAAAUCUUAUAAAUGCUUUCACCCUGUUAGUCAGUAUAUAUGAGAUUUUGUCACUAGGUAGAAUUAAGCAUAUGCUUAAAUGUUUGCAGAUUCAAGUCUUUAACUAGAAAAUUAUGUGGCUCUAAGCAAUCUGGAAAAUAACAUUCAUAGCCAAAAAGUACAAAAUCAGGCCUCUUUAAAACAUUGAGAAGAAAGGUGUUGGAGAUGGUUUAGCAUAAAAAUAAUUUUAAGUAAUCCUACAUAGUUUUAGCCAUACAUGACAUGCACAUCCUGAAAUUACUACUGCAAGGGAUUCCACCAAUUUAGCCAGAAGGUUCAUAGGGUUAGAUACUGUUCAGUCUCAAAGCUAUCAAAGCUAGCUUACAGGAUGUAACUUGGAGAGGUCUAUUAUUGAAAAUGGAUGAAAUAUUAUUUCACCUCAUUGGCAAACUGCAAUUCAACAUGUGAACAGAACAAAUUAGUGAAUUUUGGUUUUUAUGUAAGACAAAUUCUACUACUUGUUUUUUAAAUGAAUAGGCAAAAAGAGAGCUCAGUUUAAAACAGCUUUGAAAGUGUGCUUUUAUCACAACUUCAAAUGGGAAUACAGUCAAAGGCGCAUUCUAACAGUUCAAAGUCUCGGAAAAGAGAAUUUUUUCUGAAAUAAGCUAUAGCCAGUGACUGCAGCUUUUCUGCAAGUCUACCUCCUAAGAUUCACGUCUCUGCAAUGCAGCUACUCUAUUGGUUGAGUGACUAGAAGUCUCGCUGGUAGCAUGAAAAAGUUAACAUGCAGUUCACUUUCCCUCUUAGGCAGGAAAUUUCUUAGAUCUGUGUAUUUUAUCUGAUUCUAUUAAAAGCUCAAUGAAGUAAAUCAAGUUCAAUAAACAGACACAGUUAACUUCCGGUACAAUUUGGUAGAUCUUUAGCUUUAAAAGAUAUUGGAUUAAUAAAAAAUCAGCAUUGCAAUGUAUUUCACAUUAGUGAUAAAACAUUAUGACAAGAAGUGUCAGAGUGCUCUAAUGAAUACAUAUUAUCUUAUCAUACUAAAUCUCUGUUAUAAAACAUAAUUAAAGUAAUUAAUUCAAAGAAGAAAGUGUGUGUUUUUAUUAUGAACAAUUUCACACAACCUUGUACUGUGUCAUAUGGAAAAGUCUUUGUACAUCAGUGUAAGACUGGGUGACAAAGAGCCCAGCACUAUCUGCUUAACUGAGCUAUUUUUGCUAUGUAGUGUCUCAGCAUUAAUGCUUCUGUCCUGCGUGAGCAACAGUUGCCUCUCAAGGCUAAUUUGCUGAAUGAUAAAUAACAUGCAACUAAACUAAAGGGAGGAAUUCUGGAAAGCCUUGUAUGUCACUCUGUUCCUUUCUUGUCUACUAAUGUA